AUGAUGCAUUCAGGCGGGGUUAUGCGCAACGCUUUUAAUGAAGUGGUGGGUUGUUUUCAUUUUACCGGUGGUCCUGGUGCGGCUCUGGAGGCAGAACUUCUUGCGAUCAUCAUUGCUAAAGAGACUACGUACCGUAUUGGUUGGCCUCAGGUUUGGUUCGAGUCGGAUUUUUCCUUUGUGGUCCGUUUACUGCAUUCUCGGGCCUUGACGGUUCCUUGGCGAUUCAAGGCGCGUUGGAAGCAAGCUCUUCUCUAUGCUUCGGCAUUUACUUGGAAAAUUUCUCAUAUCUUUUGUGAGGGUAAUAGCGCGGCAGAUUUUAUGGCUUCCACGGGCAUGGAGGUGGGUUUUUGGGGUCAUGCUAGUCCUGGAUUACAGGUCAUUGUUGAGGAUGAUGUACGUAAAAUUUAUGUGCGCUUGGUGUAG